CAGGGCGGUGCAGACCGGCCCGGCGACUCUCUCGGGCUGCGCGCCGGGACGCGCAGCCACCGCGGCCCACGAGUGCGCCCGCCCCGGGACUCGCCGAGACCAGGUCCCUGCCCCUGUGGGGCACCUCGUGGGCUUCUUUCUGAGCCGGGCCCAGAGACACAGCCACGCCCCCCUCCAGCCUCAGCCUCUGGGGCCAGCACCUCGGGAGAGCCGAGCCGAGGAGUGGGCUCUGAGCCGCGGUCCCGGCGGGCAUGGCCCAGCAGUCGUGAGCAGCCCGAGCUCAUGCCCGGCCCCCAGGGGGCCGGUGGAGCCCCCGCCAUGAGCCUGGGCAAGCUCUCGCCCGUGGGCUGGGUGUCCGGCUCGCAGGGCAAGCAGCGGCUGACGGCCGACAUGAUCAGCCCGCCGCUCGGGGACUUCCGCCACACCAUGCACGUGGGCCGUGGCGGGGACGUCUUCGGCGACACCUCCUUCCUCAGCAACCACGGCGGCAGCUCCGGGAGCGCCCACCGCUCGCCCCGCAGCUUCCUGGCCAAGAAGCUGCAGCAGGUGCGGAGGGUGAGGGCCCCGCCCCGGCGCAUGGCCUCCCCGCCAGCGCCCUCGCCCGCUCCGCCCGCCGUCUCGCCCAUCAUCAAGAACGCCAUCUCACUGCCGCAGCUCAACCAGGCCGCCUACGACAGCCUGGUGGUGAGCAAGCUCAGCUUCGACAGCGCCACCGGCUCCCCGGACGGCCACUCCACUUACGGCAUGGACUCAGGCUUCUGCACCAUCUCCCGCCUGCCCCGCACGGAGAAGCCUCGCGAUCGCGACCGGGACCGGGACCGGGACCGCGACAGUUCCUUCCCCACCGAGCCCGAGCUCCGCCGCUCCGACUCUCUCUUGUCCUUCCGCCUUGACCUUGGGCCUUCUCUCCUCAGUGAGCUGCUGGGGGCCAUGAGCCUCUCAGAAGCCCCCGCCGCUGAGACCCCAGCCCCUGCUGCAAACCCUCCAGCCCCUGCCCCAAGUCCCCCAGCCCAUGGACACUGCCCCAAUGGUGUGACUGCUGAGUCGAGGGCUGGCACAGUGGCCGAGGGUCCCCGAGCACCUGCCGCCACUGCCGGAGACCUGGGCAGGCACUGGGGAGCCAGCUGGGGGCCCAGCCGCCCCUACACUGAGAUGGAUGCCUGGCGGGAGCUGGUGGGGGUGCUGCCGCAGGCCCGGGCCUCCUGGGAGAGCCUGGACGAAGAGUGGCCGCCCCCCAAGGCAGGCAGCAGGACCCCCGUGCCCAGUGCAGUGCAGGCAAACACCUUCGGGUUUGCUGACGCCGAGGAGGAUGACGAGGUGAAGGUGUGAGCGCUGGGGGGCUCAGGACGCCCCCUCCCUGGCCUGGGCCAGGGCUGGCUCCCGCAGGGAUGGGAGAGUCCCUGCCGCCGCCCCCACGCUGUUCCACGUCUCUGCGAGCCUGACGUGGGAGGGGGCAGAGGACAGCGUGCUCGCCCCGGGACCGGGGUCCCCAGCAGGCCAUCCCCGGCUCACCUGCCUCCCCCACUGCCACUCAGGCUGGAUGCACUUCCUUAGGCCCGCCCCCCUGCACCCCCUCUCACUGCGUGGCCCUUGUGCCAGAGGGAGCCGUCCCCGCAUGUGGUGGGGGUGGGGCGUGCAGCACACAGAGCCAUCCACGCCUCUUGGGGUCCCCGCCGCUCCCCAGCACCCUCCCCACCUUGUCCUCAAAGCCUCAGAGAAGGCCAGGUGUGCCCUCACCGGGGAGACCCCCUCCUGUGUACCCCAGAUCUGCCACCCCGAGGCCUAAUUAAAAAGCUGUUUUGAUAACGGU